AGGACAAUCAAAAAUUCCAAUUUUACUUAAAGCCAAAUAAAAAAGGUAUAGCAUAUAUUCCAUUUUUAAAGUCAAGAAGCAACAAUGGGUCAUCAUUAUAAUCAAUUAAUUGACCCACUUGUCACUCAUAGCACUAAAAGUUGCUUCUUUUUCUUGUCCUUUUUUUCAAGAAUCUGUAAAUGGAAACUUUGAUCUUCAAAAUUAGGCUACUUAUUCUUGCUUGGGUUCAUUUUAGAUCUCAAUCAGGUCCAAUAUCCUUGGUGAAACAUUUUUCUUAUAAAGAUAUAAAGAAAGCAACUGAUGGUUUUAGGAGGAUUGUGUACAACUCUUCCACAAGAGUUGCUUACAGAGCAAAAUUUCAAAAUGGCCAUGAUGCGAUUGUGAAAGAAGUCCUAGCUUUCGAAGAUCAGGAUGAUACUGCCUUCUACAGGGAGGUUCAGUUACUCGGUCGCUUGCAUCAUCGGCAUAUUGCUGCACUUAAUGGGUUCUCUAGUGGCCCUAAGAGGUUUCUAGUUUUUGAAAAUAUGGAAAAAGGAAGUCUGAAGGAACACCUCUCUGACCCUCUGAUGACACCAUUAAACUGGAGAAUAAGACUGCAGAUAGCAGUUGGCAUUGCUGCUGCUUUAGAAUAUCUCCACUUUUUUUGUGAUCCGCCUAUGUACCAUGUUUCAAUCAGUUCAAGUACCAUCAUGCUGGACGAGAACUUUACAGCUAAACUCUGUGAUGUUAGCCUCCUUUGUUCUGUCGAGAACAACAAUCCAGUUCCGAAGUCUAAAUGCUCCAAAGAAUGUAGAGACGAGAUUUGCAAACAUACAAUCUUCCAGCUUGGUUUGCUGAUCCUCGAGUUAGUCACCGGUCAAUCCUCGGACGAUGGAGGUGUUGACUUAGUUCAGUGGGUUCAAGAUUCUCGCUUCCGGAGAAGGUCUAUUUACCAGAUGAUAGAUCCAGAUCUUGGAGACAGCUACGAUUUCAGAGAGCUUAAACGUCUUUUGGCAGUUGCAAAAAUGUGUGUACAAUCUAUUCAUAAGCCUACAAUACAGACCCCUCAAAUUUUGUGGUAUCUCCAAAAAAAAUUGGGCAUGACUCAAGUUUGCUGAUGACAGCAGUCAUCUGUUUACAAGGUGGUUAAAAAUUUUGAACACAGAUCAGUUGAGUUGCAUUUGUAUCCUGCCUCAAGAAAAGUCCCUCACCUUUCUUGGAGCAAUUUAUUGAAAUUAACUGAUGAUUGCUUCUGUGAGUAGACAAUUUUUCCUGUAAGUAGUCUGCUUUGAGGAUUAGCAUUCUAGUUUUACCACUCCCAUAAACACCCACUAUACUGCUGCAUUUUUCAGUCAUCUUGUAAAGAAGAAAUAACAAACAUCUUGCAGAUCUUGUGCAAAAUCAGGUGCAACUUUUUCCCCCCA